CACGUCAUCAGUGCCACGUCAGCAGUGCAUGUCAUCAGUGCCAGGUCAGCAACCAUGACGGGACCAGCGCUGGGCUUACCAGGCCAACUGGCCAACGAGUCCAUCACCGAAUACCGACAGCGGGUCCAGGCUCAGCUCGCGCUCAUUGAGGCCGAGGAACAGCGCCAGGCAGCAGCCGAGGCUGCCCGCCUACAGGCUGAGGCGGCAGCGGCAGCUGAAAGGCAGCGGCUUCAGGCCGAAGCCGAGGCACACACCAGGGCACGCCGAAAGGAAGCCCAGGAGCUGCUGCAGCGCCAUGAAGCAGCCAGCAUUGAAAGGCUCAAGUACUGGCACUUUAAACCAAACGGCGACGAGCCGACACCGGAAGAGCAACACAAGGAGUUUCUCUCCAAGCUCGUGUCACGCCUGUUGUAUACUUGCAACUACCAACGGGCCGAGCUAGAGAAACAGCACCAAGAGUUGGCAGACCUCCGCCGAAUAGUGCAGGGCCACGAGGAUGCAACACAGGCACUCAAUGCCCGUGUACUGGACCUGGAACAGUUUGUACCAGGACCAGAUGCUGGUACGUCCAGCAGUGAACCGUCUAGCCGCCAACUGGAGGAACGCGUUGACCACGUAGUGGCGAUGCUCGGCGACAUCAGUGCUUUCGCUGCACCUACCACCAUCAGCAGUCAGCUGCACACCUUGAAGACCGAGGUCCAGCAGCUGCAGUCGACGAACUCGGAGGGCAAUCCUAAGUUGUACAAGAUGCCAACCUUCCAACUCGAGAAGUUCAACGACUACACGCAUCAGGAUCCGGUCCUCUGGUGGGAAGCAUUCACGACGCAGCUUCGGAUCCUGCCAGUCGCCAAGCACGCAUACAUCGGUGCCCUUUUCCUUAACUCAAAGGGCGCAUGCCAGACUUGGUUGACCCAUCUGGCAGCCACUCACGGCGUCGACGUGGUAGAUCUUCGAGACAAGAUCACAUGGGAGGAGUUGACACGGUUGUGGAAGAAGAGGUUCAUCGUCGACGACGCGCCUGCUCUCGCCAUCAACCGCCUCUUCACCAUGACCCAAGGCAACUCGGCAACACGAGACUGGCUCACGGAAUGGCAAAAGAUCGCGGCAACACCGGAUCUGGACUUGCCAUUUACGCAUCUGCGCCGAGAGUUCUACAAUAGGUCAUGUGUUGCACUGAGCCAGGCACUUGGUGAUCACGAGCAGUACUCAACCUUCGCUGAGAUCACCGACAAAGUGAGGGAGAUCAUCAAGACUAAUAGGGCGGUUGCACACGAGAAAUCAGCAUGGCAGCCAACCUAUGUGGAGAAGGUAAAGACUGGUCCGCGGCAGCAGCAUUUCGCUGCAGUCCAAUCGGACAGUGGAGACGACCCGACAGCCACCAAGGCAUCAAGUGAAGGAGAUCAGGUGGCUGCUGUCCAACCGAGAAGCACCAACAAGUCCCGGAACAAUGGGAAGGCGAAGACCGCAUCAUCGGCUGGAACAGGACAGCCAGCGCCAUGGGUCAAGUUUAACUUGACCGAGGCCGAAUACAAGUAUCGUGGUCGGUACGGCUGCUGUUACUGGUGCAAUAGCAGCAAGCACAAGACCUCCCUCUGCCAGGACAAGGAGAAGGAGGAUGUUCGGCCUCGCAACAACUCGGGAAACUGAGUAGCGCGGGAGUUGGACUUUGUCUCCUCUUCCCCUUUGUCUCAUGCAUGUAUGGGCGUGUGUGAGUUCUUCUGUGUGUGAGUGACAAACAAAUUGUCAGACAACCA